UUGAAAGCUUAAAAUCAUAUGCAUUUUAUUAGAUAAGGUUUUUACAUCAAACCACAGCUUGUGGUUUCUCUCUCUUCCCUUUUUUCUCUUGUUGUGCUAACUUUGGUGCUAUGUUGUUGUUGUUAUCUCCAUCAUUUUCCACCCUCACCAGCCCACUAAAAGCCCGCAAUGGGCUAUUCACAAGCAAUCCACCACCACGUUCAAAAGCAAUCAAGGUGGUAGCCAUGGCAAAAAACACCAGCAACGACACCGAAGACGGCGGCGGGAUAGCCGAGAAACUAGCCAUAGUUGGUGGCUUAAUCUCAACUCCGGUGAUCGGAUGGUCCCUCUAUACCUUGAAGGUUACGGGCUGUGGGCUUCCUCCUGGGCCCGGUGGGUCACUAGGGGCAUUAGAGGGGGUUAGCUACUUGGUUGUGUUGGGAAUAAUAGGGUGGUCUUUGUACACAAAGACAAAGACGGGUUCGGGUCUACCCAACGGGCCUUUCGGGUUGUUGGGUGCUGUUGAAGGUUUGUCAUACUUGUGUUUGCUUGCUAUUAUUGUAGUAUUUGGAUUACAGUUUGUGGAAAAUGGUUCUAUCCCUGGACCUUUACCAGGAGACCAGUGUUUUGGCUAACUUCAUGUGUGUAAUGAUCAAUUUAAUGUCUAAGUUAAUAAUUUAUAGAAAAUUUAUAUUUUUCUUGUCUA